UUUCAGUCAACUCAAUGACGACCAAUCAUUGACAAAUAAAAUACAACGAGCGGUCCAACAAUCAGACGAAUCCGGAUUAGAUUUCGUAAUUAGAAUCAGCGCUCUUUAUCAACGGUUGCAAAACAAAGUGCCAGAACCAAAUCAAUUAGAUAAAGUUUACUCAGCGCUCCACGCUGAAUUGAUCCUUCACUUUGAUCGCGAUACAUUUAAUUCUUACGAUGGAUUAAUAUCAAAAAUCCACAAAUACGAAAAUAAAAUCGCGGCAAUGCAACAGUCGACAAAACAGCGCGAAUACGACACUAAACGCAAUCGCAAUCCCCGCGGUAAAACGCAAUUAAAUGCGCUAGAAAAUUUACCGCAGACUGAACAAAAAACGGAUUCGAAACCCUCGCCAGAAACAAAACAAGAGACACCCACGAAGCAAAAUAAAAAUACAAAUAAGCAAACAAAAUCAGAAGCACCCACUAAACUCAAUAAAAUCGAAUCUUAUAUUCAACAAAUUAAACAUUUGCAAAAUAAGAUUCCGAAAAAUUACAAUUCGAAAACGACACAGGAGAAAGACUCUACGAAGCCCUCGACUACCCCUUCUCCUUCGCAUCGUUCGCGCAAGCGUUCCACUUCUAGUUCUUCUAGCUCCUCGCAUUCUACUUCAUCGCAGAAGGGGGGGAAAGCACGUAGAUCGCCCGCACGCAAGAAAUACGAGAAAGGUAGCAAGUCUAAUCGAAACAAUAAUAGGGAAAGACGAAAUAAUUCGAACCGCGGUAAUAAUCAGGGUAAUAAUUGGAACAACCAAAACAGUGGCUACAACCAACAAAACCCUUAUUUUGCGCACCAGUUCCCACCAAACUUUCAGUUCGGAACACAACCGCCGCAACCGCAGCCAAUGCAAUUCGCGCAACCAAUGCAGUUCGCACAGCCAACGCAAAUACCUCAGCAGCUUUGGCCCGUUCCUGGCUGUAGCCACACCACUGUCGAAUCGGGACGCGCCCUUGAAAAUGCAACAACGCUUUAUCAGGCAUUUGCUACCAAGGAUGACGUCAACGAUUCAGACUGUGAGUGGGGCGACUGCUACAUCACGGAAUCCGAGACGGAGUACGAAGACGAAGAAACCCCCUCCACCGACCAUAUAAACUCGAUGGAAGCGCGCAUUUCCUCGCUCUCUUCACUACCCUUACUAUCUCCCAGCAAUCUAUUACUUGCGUCAAAAGAGAUAACUGAGUGUAGAGUACAAAAAGGGCCUGCUACGCCCUUACCCUCACAAAAACGGUGCACGAUAACAACUUCGAUUAAGAUAGGUAAUAAAAAAUAUACGGGACUCCUUGACACUGGUUAG